CCUUCAGCUGCUUUAAAUCCAGGCUCUGAAGAAUGACGCUCCUCCACACACGUUUACAUGGCAGAGUAAAAGCCUCACGCUGGAGCUGGGCCAAACUAAUGAAGACUUAAAGUGACUCGGUCUUCUAAAAGUAACUCUUCAACUCCUAUCAACAUUUUAUUACGCAUCUGUAGAGUAAAAGCCUCACGCUGGAGCUGGGCCAAACUAAUGGAGAUUUAAAGUGACUCGGUCUUCUACAAGUAACUUUCAACUCCUACCAUCAUUUUAUUACGCAUCUAUUCUCAGCUGCAUCUGAUUGUGAAGAAUGUCAAACCACUCAAGACAAACGUAUAAACUACUAACAUUGCCAUUCUACACUGAACUUAAAUGCCUGCGCUCCUGUUGCACAAUAUGGUUCGUUUCUAAUCUGUAUCCCCACAGAAGUCUGAAUUGUUAAAGCACCAUCUAUACAAGACAUCAUCUGUCAUGGUUAAAGACCACAACAGACUUAAUGUUCAUCCACUUCUUAAUAGCUGUCAGCUGGAGAGCAAAGUGUGAAUGGACUAGUGCACUUACAAAGCUGUUAACUCAACGUAUAUCACUGAAAUUGACAAUCGACAGCAAGCUGCUGUUAGAAAACAAACUGAAUAUGUGAAGUGUGCUUAUUCAUCAGACCAUCAGCAAAUGCCUGAGCAUCGUGAACAGAUUGUGUUCUUUGGGGAGAACAUGACUCCUGGAACUCAGAACUGCACCAACUGUAGCCAAGCACUGAUCACUGAGUUAAACAUCACUAAAGCCAUUGUUCUGAGCUUUGUUCUGUCUGUUUUUGUCAUAUUUGGAGUACUGGGCAACAUUUUAGUCAUCCUGUCUGUAGCUUGCCACCGUCACCUCCGGACAGUUACACACUUCUUUAUUGUUAAUUUGGCAGUAGCCGACCUGCUGCUGAGCUCCACGGUGCUUCCAUUCUCUGCUAUUUUUGAGAUGCUGGGCCGCUGGGUUUUUGGCCGAGCCUUUUGCGAUGUGUGGGCAGCCAUGGACGUGCUCUGCUGCACCGCAUCAAUCAUGAGCCUGUGUGUGAUCUCUGUUGAUCGCUACAUUGGAGUUAGUUACCCACUACGCUACCCAUCCAUUGUGACUAAAAAGCGUGCCUUGUUGGCACUUAUGGGGGUUUGGGCUCUGUCCAUUACUAUCUCCAUUGGACCGCUGUUUGGCUGGAAGGAGCCAGCACCUGAGGAUGAAUCAGUGUGCAAGAUCACAGAGGAACCUGGAUAUGCCAUUUUCUCAGCAGUGGGCUCCUUUUACCUCCCUUUAGUUGUUAUCCUGGUCAUGUACUGCCGUGUGUAUGUGGUGGCCCGGAGGGAGACCCGCAGCCUUAGGAAGGGUCACAAGAUAGAGAAGGCCAACCAUGCGGAAGCAGUGACUUUGCGGAUCCACAGAGGCAACACCACUUUGGCAGAGGAUGAGGCGCUGAGGACCCGUACGCAUUUUACAAUCCGCCUACUUAAGUUCUCCCGGGAAAAAAAGGCAGCGAAGACCCUGGGCAUUGUGGUCGGCUGCUUUGUUCUCUGCUGGCUGCCAUUCUUCCUGGUUCUGCCUAUCGGUUCCAUCUUUCCUGCUUACCGACCCUCAGAUACAGUGUUCAAGAUCACAUUCUGGCUCGGCUACUUCAAUAGCUGCAUAAACCCAAUUAUCUAUCCAUGCUUUAGCCAAGAGUUUAAGAAAGCCUUUCUGAGUGUUCUGGGCAUUCACUGCCUGCACCGCAGUCCCAGACCUACGCACCCGCUAUGCCAGAGCCACAUUGCCAGCCACGGCCAGUCACAGCUGCUUUCACUGGGCUUAGAGGGCCGCAUGGAGCCCUCGCGUCUCAGCCAGUCCUCCUCACUGGCCCUGUCCCGUACUCCCUCGUCCUCUCCGGUGGGGGUGACGGGGGUCAGCAGCGGCGUCUGCGCUGGGGCGAAGGUGGCACGGCUGUGCGGUAAGAACCUGCUGAGGACAUGUUGUUGUGAGGGGGUCUAUCCAGCACAGCCACCGACACCUGUGAACCCCUCUCUGCCCGUCAUUAAGAUUCAUCGACUUUCAUUGUGUGAGAACGGGGACGCUGUGUGAGCCAGAGAGGAGACACACAGUGUGUGGAGUAACCUGAUUCCUGUCAGGGUCUGAUGAAUGUCUGAGAUCAUUCAGAGGAUAUGAGGAUGCUACUGUAUAUGUAGACUGAACUGAUGACCGAUGAUCACCGGUUCAUUUUAUUGAUACAUUUUGCACAUUUGCACAGAAAUGUAAAAGAAUGUGUGGUGUAGAAACUGCUGAAGUAUUCUGGGAGCUCACCCACAUUAAGCACCUGUUGCAUUGCCAUUUUGGCCGGCAGAGGGGGUACGGAGGUGCAGAUGAUCGAUGUUGGACUCUUCAAUGUUGAUUUGGUUCAGGUGGAAGUUUUUCUAUGAGUCACGGGGACGUAACGACACCUUUGGGACAAUCUACUCUCCCAGGGCAGUUCCAUGGUGAGGGCACAUACAGAGGACUGACCAAAUAACAGAACCUGUGAUCUUCUGUUCAAAUUAGUGACGUAAUAAGUGUAUGACUACAUACUACAUUCAGAACAGUUUUAACCUCAUUUGGAAUGGUUUUAAGUUUUAAAUUGUAAGAAAAUCUUCCAGUUAUUUGAGUGAUUAAGAAACUUUCCAUAAAAGUUACACAUUAUUUUGCAAUAUUGCACAAUUAUUGUAAAUAAUAUUGUAGGUAAAAUUAACUCGAUGUAUUGACAGAUUAUUUUGCAUUUGUCUUUAAAUAAAUGCUUAUAAGA